AUGAAUAACAUCUCACGUGAUGAAUCUUUUUGUGAGAUUACUAACAUUGUGAGUUGUUACUUGUCGUCUCCACAAUCGCAAAACGACCAACUGUCAACCAACCGCGCCUUAAAAAGGCAUUCGCAAGGUGGAAACAUCCUGGUGGCUCUCGGUAAUGGUGGUCGUGAUGGUGGUGACGACGAUAUGGCGGCGUUGACUGCUCGUUAUCAAUAUCCCUGGCCGAGCAGUCACAAUAAGGAUGGGUUCCGAUCCAAUGAAUACUGA